AUGAAGAGUCAUGUGGAAGAGGUCAUACUUCAGGGGCUUGGGAUGCCAGAGGAAGUGCUUCUGUACCUUCCUGACUCGGAGUUGCAUCUCAAGAUAUCUUUGGGGAUGUCCUUUUCUGCAACAAUCACAGAGAAUGCUUCCCAAUCCAACACUUCAAAAAAUGGUGGCACAAAAUUGUCUGAUAUGAUCACAGGUACACACUCGUAA